AUGUUCAACGAGCGGCGGAUGAGCGUGCAACGCGAACGCCUUGCAGAGACGAUGUCUCGCUCCUGCCGUGUCAACGAUGGAAGGCCCUCCUUGCUGGGACUGGCGGCCACUGCUGCUCCAGGUGGCGAGUUUCGGUACGCGAAGAAGCUCUAUCGCUUCAGGGAGCGAGGCAGCCAUGCCGUUUCAACCAUGGUUGCCAGACGGAAUGAUGUGGUGGAGAAGAACAGCAAGGCCAUUCACCAGUUCAGCUUCUCGGAUGGAAGUCCCAGGGAUAAGCACAACCGGGAUAGGAGAUUUUCUGAGUCGGCCUCAGGGAAGGCUCCACCGGUGGACUCCAAAGCGCUUGCAGCAGAGCUCGAGAGUGUUUCUGCGGAGAUGCGAAACCUCAUUGCAGGCGUGGACUUGGACCACAUGGGUCCGGGUCUUUCCACCACGGGCAAGGCCGAGGUGCGGAAAGAUGACGACGAGGAGGAGGGGCAGAGCCUGCACUCCAAGCUUCUCCGCUACCGGUACGUCCGGAAGAUCGAGGCUCCUCCGCCAGCCUUGGAGCCUUUGGACGGGAGCUACCUGAAAGCUCCUCGGGAGGUGGACAAGAUGGAGAUGAACCUUCAAGGCUCCAGGCUUGGCUGGAAACGCGAUGCCUUGGCACGAGCUCAGCACUGGAACAAUGAAACGAAAGAGCGAAUCCUCUCUGCGCGACAUCGUCGCGACGAGGAAGCUGUCAAACACGAGUCCAACCUCCUUCACCAGAUUGCUGCCAAGGAGGAGCGAGGUCCUUCGAGAGUGGAGGCGAAUCGAAAGGCGCAGGUCGAGCGCUUGAAAUUGAAGUCGGCUGCCCGGGAGGAGCGCUUGGAGCAGGUGAGGCAGCGCAGAUACGAGGAGCAGCGGCUGAGACAGCAGGAGCUGAGAGAGCAGCUUGAGAACAGCCGGAAGCGGAACAAGCUCGAGAGCUGGCCCCACGCAGAACAAAGUGCUCCAGGGCAGGAAGGUGCGGUGGAGGACGCCAGCCUCCAAGAGGAGGCCGACGCCUUCGCACCGGAAGUGGAGGAGCCCGUGGAGGCAAAGGAGGAGACGGUGGACUGGUUCGAGUCUUUUAAGGAGGAGGAUGAAGAGGAGGAAGAGAAGGAGGAGGAGAAGGAGAAGAAGCGACCAAAGCGCUCUGAAGAACGGAUUGCCUUCAAGACCAAAGUGGAGAUAUACCUGGCACUGGACCACCCGCACAUCGCCAGGUUGAUGAUGGUCUACGAGGAUGAUCAGGAGAUCCACCUGGUCAUGGAGUUCAUGGCGGGCGGCGAGCUCUACGACCGGCUCUUCGAUGCAAAGGUCUAUAACGAGGAGGUGGCCGCGAACACCUGCCAUCAGAUGCUCAAAGCUGUCUCUUACAUGCAUGCGCAUCAGAUCGCCCACCGCGACUUGAAGCUUGAAAACUUCCUCUAUGAGCGGAAGGACAACAACCAUCUCAAGUUGAUCGACUUUGGUUUUGCCAAGUUCUGGGAUCGAAGUACGAAGAUGUCGCAGGCCUGUGGUUCCACCCACUACGUGGCUCCUGAGGUGUUGGCCAAGUCCUACACACUGAAAGCAGACAUGUGGUCUCUCGGAGUCAUCAGCUACAUGCUCCUAACAGGGAGUCCUCCAUUUCAAGGAGGCAACGACAACGAAGUCCUGCGCAAGAUCAGGGCCGGCAAGAUCCACUGGUCCAGCCGAUUCAAGCGUCUUUCGGAGGGCGCCCAGGACUUCGUGAAGGCGUUGUUGGCGAUGAACCCUGAAGAGCGCUUGGAUGCUGCAGGUGCAUUGAGUCAUCCUUGGAUUGUGGGGAACGGUGGUUUGCGUGGCACCAGCACUGUUCUCGACGACGAUAUCAAGCUGAGCCUCCGAAAGUUUGCGAGGGCGUCUACGUUCCGACGCGCUGUGCUGUCGAUGAUGGCUUGGUCCUUGUCCGCGGAGGAUCGGGCGCAGUUGCGCAACGAGUUCUUGCAGUUUGACACCGACAACAAGGGCACUAUCACUCACCUCCAGAUGAAAGAAAUUCUUGAGAAGAACUAUCACAUCGACAGCAUGGAGGCUGAGGCGGUCUUCAGCAUGAUGGACACCGACCACGACGAUGUCAUCGCCUACAGCGAGUUUCUUGCUGCCGCCCUUCAGGGCCGGCUCAAGGUCCAUGAGGACAUCCUUCGGCGAACAUUCCGGAAGUUUGACAUUGACAACUGCGGAAGGAUCACCGCCGACGACCUGCGGAACAUCCUGGGCGAGCAGUUCGAAGGGACUGAUGCCGAAGACUUGAUCCGUGAGGCCGACACGAACGGCGAUGGGAUGAUCGAGUACGAUGAGUUCCUUCAGUACUUCCACAACCACGAGUCUCAGCAGGCACACUUGGAGGGCUGCCAAGCUUGGAACUCCUCUUGUCAGACUUGA